CACGCGCCCGCCGCUGGCGCUGUGGAACGUGGAGGUGGGGCCGGGGGGCGCCCACGACACCCGCCCGCUGGGGCCGCGAGACUGGUACUUCCAUGCGAACGCGUACAUGCGGCUGAAGGAGGACCAAAAGAUCGAUAACAGCAGUCUUCACCGGGAGGCUCGCGCGGCGCAGUACGACAUGCCGACCAAUGCCGUACAAGUCCUGGAUCUGCUGGGAGAUACGGCAGAUCCAGAUUUUCCCAUCUACCGUACGGGCGACUACGGCGGUCUCGUCUACACGCUGUGUACGGCACUGUACGACCUUGUAGGCGGCACGUUGACUGUGUAUGAGGGGAACCCGCGGGAGGGGGCGGUGGGGUUGGUGCUAAGUCUGGAGACAUUGAUG